AUGCGAGGUUCUCGUCGCACAGUACACCAAGGUACAACCGAGACUUCUCACCACAACCCUCCCAUCACUGUCAUCGACGUUGUCAGUGCCCUACAGCGAAAAUUGACAGCAAGUCACUUGGAGCCGACUGUGCAGCACGCGACACCAAGACGCCCAUCCUUUUCCAUGGACUCUCUACUACACAAAAAGGACAAGGACAAGAAGCGGGAUGACUCCAAAGACCGCGACCCGCGUGGGCAAAAACGCAUGUCCCUUGCACAUAUACGCCACUCCAGCAAAUCAAAGGAUCGCUCGUCGCAGCAGUCCCCCAGAGCCCUGCCUCAUGGACCGGGACAUUUCGACAUGAUCAUCGAGUCUCCUCCGUUGGUGCUCUUUGGCCACGUCAGCAACUCCACCGGCGCACUUCUUUCGGGACGACUGAAAUUCCUCGUUGAAGACCAGACCGGCGAAGUCAAGUUGACUGAUUUCACCAUGGUUUUGCGGGCCAGCAUUGGCACUAAGAAGCCCGUGGGCAAAGAGUGCAAAGAAUGUAGCGAAAGGGUCGACGAGCUCAAGAAAUGGGUCUUCCUCUCCGAACCAAAGACAUUCUACAGUGGCGCAGACAACCAAUUUCCUUACUCAUUCCUCUUCCCCGGUCACCUUCCAGCUACCACACAAUCUCAAUUGGGUGCGAUUUCCUAUUCUCUUCAUGCAACCGCAACGACUUCCAAUGGCGAGAAAAUCACCUACAACCACCCGCUCACCAUCCAACGCGCCAUCCAGCCAGGCCCGGACAAAGCCAGUAUCCGCAUCUUCCCACCAACAAACCUCACUGGACGAGUGCAAUUACCUCCAAUUGUCCACCCAAUUGGCACCUUCCCUGUCACCAUGUCGUUGAGUGGUGUCGUCGAGAAGAAAGGAGAGAGCCAAACACGAUGGCGGCUACGAAAACUUUCAUGGCGAGUUGAGGAGCACAGCAAGGUCGUCUCAACACCUUGCGCCAAGCAUGCCCACAAAGUCAGUGAAGGAAAAUCGAUCCUGCACACCGAAACGCGGACUCUAGGUAACGAUGAGAUGAAGACGGGCUGGAAGAGCGAUUUCGACACUAUUGGUGGAGAGAUCAUGAUGGAGUUUGAUGCAUCUCUUGCCACCAACGCAAAAUUCAAAGCAGUUUGUGAUGUCGAGUCCCCAGCAGGAAUCGAGGUGAAGCACAACCUGGUCAUUGAGCUUAUCGUCGCCGAAGAAUUCUGCCCGAACAAGGGUACGCAACUUAUCACUCCCACUGGUGCCGCCCGUGUCUUGAGAAUGCAAUUUGCGCUUGUCGUCACCGAACGUGCAGGGAUGGGGAUCAGUUGGGAUGAGGAGAUGCCACCCGUCUACGAGGAUGUGCCUGAAAGCCCUCCCGGAUAUGGCAGUGCCGACAAGAACGACGGAGCAUGGGGUGGUGCCAUCAUGGAAGAUUACCACGGACCAGAGCUCCAAUACGAAGACCUCGAGUCAAUGGGCAACCAUGAUUCUGACCUUCCUCCAACUUAUCUGAACGCCGGUCUCCCAAUGCGGAACCGACCACACACGCCUAGAACGGAUUCGGGCGAAGGACCUUCAACUGCCCCAGUCAGAAGAGCAUUUGGACUCACGAAUGACGAACUGGGUGCAGAGCCACCGCGAUACGCUCUACGUGACAGACACGAGUCGACGUCGAGUCCAUCUGGUCCGGUAGAGGACUACGAGGAAGGCGCGGUCGCUUAA